AAAUUAAUUUGUAAUACAAAUUUUUAUUUUUUAAAUUCUAAAUUUUUUAAAUUUUAGAAUUUUUAUUUUUAUCUAAAUUAAUUAACAAAUUUUAUUAUUCAAUAUUAAUUUUAUUACUUAUACAUAAAAAUUUGUAAUAAUUUAUUUUUUAAAGUUCUGAUUAAUAAUAGAUUAAUAAUAAAAUUUAUUAAAAAAAAAUUAUUUAAAAUUAUUUAAAGUUAUUAUUCACAAAAGUUUAUUUUAUUUUCUAUUUUGAAAUAAGUUUAGUUUCUUUAAAACUUAAUGAACAAAAAUAGUUUUUAACAUGAAUUGAAUAUAAUUGAUAAAGUCUAUACUCAAUAAGUUUUAAAGAUAAUAUAUACUUUAUAUAAUUGUACACUAUAUAAUCAUAGUUUUUAAGAUGAUAACAGACUAAAAGCAACAAUAAAUUGUACAGAUAAGGCUUGUUCAAAUAGAACGCACAUUUUCUAAGUAAUAUUUCAGUUUUGUAAAAUAGAAAUCGAUAUAUCAUCCAUAUAUGUAUCUCCACUGACAUAAUCGCUACCAUCAGUGUCAUCAUCGCAUUAUUUCUGAAAGCGCAGUUUGCCUGCAUUAUGGAUAAAAGAAUCGUUAAGUGCCUCCACGCCUCCACUUAGAAGCAGGUGCAUCCAGUGGCAAGAUAUAUUUUCAUAAAGGCUGAAAAACUAUCUCACGAGUACUCGCCCAUGAGACUCUUGGAACACAAUCCCAAUCGAACCCUAAUCCAACCACGAUCGGGGAAGGAAAAGGGUUAUCCGUGUUAGUGCGCGUGUCCAAGGGCGUCGCCACUCGCGCCACUUCGUAGGGCGGCGCACAGGGACGCGGUAGUCGCGGUGUGGACGCGACCCAGUGCUCGUGUUCAUCGUUGGAGGAUCGUUGCCGAGAAGAUGAGCCUGGCGCGCCGGGAACCGAAUUAUGAUACAUGUGUCGUCGGAGAACACUCAACGAUACGAUCGUGUAAAACGAAAGGGCGCAGCGUUUCUUUCGAACUUCUUUAAGUCGAAAAAGCUGACGUUAGGUAUGAAGAUCAACGAGGACGAAGAGAUGGAACGUGCUCCGAAAGUCGAGACACCUGCGAUCAUCACGAACGCCUGCAGGCGCAGUGGCAGCGAAAAUGACAACCAAGUAUCAAGGAUUCCGUCGACAUUGAGUGUAGCAGCCGUCGAUGUUGUCGUUGCUUGUCAACCAUCACCGUCGCAUUCCAUUUUAACCUUGACACCUGGUAGAACACGAAACAUCGAUCAGGAUAUGGAGGCGCUUAGGCUAAGUCGACAGGAUAAUCCUUUCCUACAGGUAUUGGCGAGUCGCGAAAGUUUGGUGGAAUCGUUGGAGGAGUCCGAGUCCGAUGACGCCAUCCUGAUGUCUCAGGAAUUGGGUGAUACCGACCCUUUAACUUUAGCCCAAGUGCAUGAGCAUUUGGUCAGAAGUCCACCGCCAGCAUCGUGGCCUCACAGUACGACUUUUCAUUUCCCCCAUCAGAAUCAAACUACAUCUGGGAAGAGCGACAUGUUGGCGCAUUAUAAAAGCCCUUCGAAGACGUCUUCGUGUCGCAGCAACGAUCACGAACUGUCCAAAAGUGAGCCAUCCACGGAUAUUAGAGAUCGCCAUUCGCACACAUUCUCCUUGUUGCAUCCAACGCCGAUUCGUUCAUUAUCAGACGUUCGACGACUUCACAGAUCGGCAGAUGACAGCGUGCAACUGAUGUCGAGUGAAUAAGAUGCAAAUAUGUCACGAUCCGCGGCCGGAUCGAAAUGGUUUUUCAUGUUCAGAACGCGAAGCGUGCUUUGUUGGUGCUAAAAUACCUAUAAAAGUUCCCGAAUUGUUUCAGAAAAGUAUGUCCACGUCGAAGGAAUACUUGAAAACUCUUCACCAAAUUUACGUAUGAUCGCGAUUCAUCGAAAUCGCGAUUUCUCGAGUUGCAAGUCUCGAAAAGGAAUAAUUUUUCGAAGAAUCAUAUAGAAAUUGAUAAACAGAUUGACUUGAUAAUGAAGAGAAUAUUUCACAUUUGCGUCAUUGAUGUGAAAAAAAUUUCGAAUGUUUCGUAUUUUAAGAGUCGUGAGGUGUAUUUACGAAAAGUAUACGACUUGAAAAAGAUUUCUAAAUUAUCUUAUGUUGCUUUUAAAAUAGGAUGAAUGUUCUUUGUUUCAGAAAAAAUGGAAAAAUCUUUGUUGCAAAAUCAAAAAUAUUAUUGUGAAGCUUAAAAUCAUGAAAAAAAAAAUAUUAUUAAAUAAUUUUAUUUCUUUUGAUAUUUUAUAGAUAUAAAUAAGUGAACUGAAAAUAUGUGUAUAAUAAACACAUAUUUGUUAAAUAAACAGUCAGUAUAUCACAAUUUUAAAUAUUCUGCAUGCAAUAUGCUCAUGAUCAACAUUAAAAAUUGUACAUAUAUGCUCUAUGUCAAAAGAAGCGACAUCUAUUUUAUUGAUUUUUCAUAUAAAAUUUUAAGAUUAUUUAUUCUUCGAGAUAGAAAAAUAAUAAAAUUUGGUGAAAUUAUUGCCUGUUUUUUACAAAAAUUUUUUUUUAUUUAUAUAUAAGAUGCCGCUUUUUUCUUACAAAUUAGAAUUUAUUCCAAAAAUAAUUAGAUGAAUAAGAUGCAUUGCUGCAAAAAAAAUUUUAUUACACUCACUCAUGAAUAUAAUAUGAUUAUUAAAAAUGAAGGAAAUUAUAUUUUAUUAAUAUAUAUAUAUAUUUGUUCAAGAUGAAAAAUUAUAUUUAUUUAUAAAUAUUAAUACUGGAGAAUUUCCAUUUUUAUCAUAUACAAUCAUAUAUAAAAUAAUUAUUGGCUUUUUUAUUUUUACUGAUAAAGAAUUCAUACUCAUUAUUAUAAUAUUUUAUGUAUUUAUGAGUGAGUGUUCAAAUUCAAAAAACUUUUGUGAAAAUUAAGCUUUGCUUUAAUUACAAAAUUGUAGUCUGACGCAUUUACCAACCGAGCCUAGGAUAUUCAAAUAAGCGCGUGAUAAAAUAAUCGAUUACUACGUAAUUACAUAAAUAGAAAGGCCUAUAAUUGAUCAAAACGAUUAUCUUUCUUAUUAUUUAAAUUAGAAUGUUUCUGGUUUCUUUAGUAAUUAAAAAAUCAAGCAUGCGUGUUUCAAGUCAAUUCAUACAUACGCAUGUUUGUUUUUAAUGAGGGUUUGAUCACGCAGCUAUGAGAGAUAAGUAGUAAUAAAAUAGUAUUUUAUUUGGAGUAAUAAUAUAGCUUACAAUUAAUUUAAUGAAUAUAAUAAUGAAAAAUAUAUAUUAUCUUUUGUAUUUCAUAAUUUUCAUUAAUUUAAUAUUAUUUAUUUUUUAAUUUAUUAUUCUGUUUUUAAUUUCAUUAUUUAAAAGAUAUUAAAUUGAAUUAAUAAAAAGAAGAGAAACCAUAGAAAAAAAUCUAUAAGAAUUAUACAAGAUAUCUUAACCUUAAGCAUUUUUGCUAUUUAAUAUUAUUAUUACAAUUCUAAAUCUUGAAUAUAAUUAUUAAUUAAUUUAUGCUUCCAUUUAUAAUAUUAUAAUACACUUUAAAAAUGUCAACAAGUGUCACUUUAUAUAACUUUACUUCAUAAAAUUUUAGACAGUAUCAUAUUUAACAAAUUGAUGGUACUUAUAUAUUUAAACAGCAUUUAAAAACAACACAGUAAGUGUUUUAUAAUAUAUAAUGCAAUAUAAUUUUUACUAUAAACAUUUUGCAAAAGUGAAAUACAACAUUUACUUUGAAUAAAUGUAUUUUAGAAUAUUUUAUAUAAUUUAAACGUAUAUUAUUGAUCACUCAAGUUUUUUUAUCUAUAAUAUUAAAACUAAUAUAUUUAAUAUACUUAAAAUAUUAUUUUAUAAAAAUUAUUAAAAAAUAAUGUGUUGUAUUAUAUAUUAUUAAAUAAUUUUUUUGACGUUUCAUCGAAAGAAAUCUCUAAGUUUACAUUGUUGUUGUUGUUGUUAUUAGUCUGUAUUUAUUCUGCACAAAUUAUUUUUUAUCAAUAGCAUAUGUAUUUUCAAUGCUAUCGAAAAAUAAAGAUAGCAUAUAAAUUUCAAAUAUUAUUAAAUAUGAGAAAAUGUAAAUCAUUUCGGAAUAAAAAUUAAUCAUAAUAAAGCGCUGACGAUGCGCCAAAUGUAUAGGCCUGAUCAUAAAUAACAAACUAGAAUAAUCAUAGAUUAAGAAUCUUUUUUUACGCAAAUAAGAAUAGAAGACAUGUUUGUCGCUACUUCGAAUGUUUAGUGUAAUUCACUUUUAAACUCGAAAGUAUUUUUUUAAUAUUGCGAUAUCAGUUCAUACUCUGCACAAAUAUCAACGAGUUAAUUGAAACUUGUCAAGACUAUUUUUGACUUUCAACGCACAUAACCUAUACUUUUUCUAUAUGUUUUAAAGUUGAAACGACAAACGAAUAAUUCUAUUUAUAAUUAAUUGUAGUUAUCAUAUAUUGAAAACAAAAUAUGGUUCAUUUGAAAAAUAUUAUGAAACUAAUUGUUUCUGAAAUUAUAAGUAGUCAGUGGAUGAUUUAACAUCAUAAAUGAAAAAAAUUUUAGCAGGGUUUAUAUGAAACUUUCAAAAUAGUAGCAUGUAAGAAAAGAAAAAGAUCUAAAAAGUUAUUGCAAUUAUUAUUGUAUUGUAAUUAUAGUGUCCAAUUGACUUGGCCAUUGAGAAUUGAGAUUAUUUCUAUUGAUAUGCGAUAUUAGAUACACUAUACAUGUGUAUUUAGAAACUCCAGGCAAUUUUGUCUUCGUCUGGAUACCCAAUAGGUAAAAAUAAAAAAAAAAAAAAAAAUUAGUAGAGAGACCUAUAUAAUAUAAUCUAGUCGAAUAUAACAUAUAUACUGAGGACUGUGUUGUCACUUUUAAGGGAAUAUUAAAUGAAUACUUGUUCGGGUAAUUCGAGUGUUGAAUAAUCAAUAAUGGUGAAGUUAGAUACGAAUAUUAUUUCUAUUUAAAUGAGCUGAAGUUACUUUUGUUGGAAAAUGAUGUUGAAAAAUAAAUACAAUAAAUUCUCGAUUUUAUGGAGCCAAAUUUAUAAAUUUUAAAUUUAAUAAUCUUUAUGAUCUUUUUUAUAACUUUAAUAUUGACUUAAAAGUUUCAAUUCUUAAAUAAUUAGUAACUGUUGUUCUAUUAAUCCUUAGAAUCAAGAGUUUAUUGUAUUUAUAUGAAUCUUAAUAUUAUAUAUAUAUAUAUAUUUUCUUUUUAUUUAACAAAAGCACUUCGGAAAAAAAUUUUAACAAUUGUAUUCUUGUAUCUACAAUUAGUUCAAGAUUAAGGCACGAUUUUACUAAAAUGAUAUAAAAAUAAAUUUUUCAAAUUACGAAAAAAACUAAAUAUAUGUUACUUGUUGUUAAAAAAUAAUAAUUUUAUUUUAAUAUUGCAAAAUAUUUAUUUAAAUUUUUUGCAGCUGUUGUCAUUUGUUAAAUCGAUUUUUCAAAUUUUAUGUGUGUGUGCUGUGCAAAUAAUUAUUAAAACAAAUCUUUGUUUAUUUGAAUUUUUAUCAAAAUAAAAGUUUGAUUCUUUAUAUCUUUACA